GGUAUACGAGAGAAUAUAUAUACGGAGAAAUGCCAAAAGUGUAAAUAACGUGUUUUGGAUUGUUAUACUUCCCCUAUCCGAGUCGUAACAAAGGAGGAGUUGCGAAGAGAAUGGCGCCGGUUCUGUACCUAAGCCCGCCAACUCUAACCCCAACACUCUCUUACUCUUCCUCCCACUUAAAUCGUUACCUACUCACCCACACCACUUGCCCUCCUCGAAAUGUCGCCCAUGGAUGGACCAUUCUUCAGCGAAACCUCAAGUGCCAUGGCAGGUUUUCUUGCCUUUUCUCUGACAAUCGUCGAGAGGAUGAAGCUAAGAAAGCAUUAGAAGGUGCUCUUGGUGGAAAGAAAAAUGAAUUUGAGAAAUGGAACAAAGAAAUAAAGCAGAGAGAAGAGGCUGGUGGAGGUGGUGAUGCUGGUGGUGGAGGUUGGUUUGGAUGGGGUGGACGGUUUGGAUGGUCCAAUGACGACAAUUUCUGGCAAGAAGCACAACAAGCAAGUCUUGCCGUGUUAGGUAUUCUCAUCAUGUAUCUUAUAGUUGCAAAAGGAGAAGUAAUGCUUGCCGUCGUAUUCAAUCCUUUGUUGUAUGUUCUAAGAGGGACAAGAAAUGGGCUUACUUCCGUAACAUCUAGAAUUUCGGGGAGGACAUCACCAAGUAGUUUCAAUGAUUCUGAUAUCAAAUCAAAUGAAGCCUACAAUCGUGUCUCUGCUAAAGACAGAGUAUCAAGCAAAUGGGGAAACUAGUGAUUUUUGUGUUUUUCACAGUGGUGUCUGGUAAAGGCGAUAUCAAACAAUUGAAGAGAAAGGAGAGUAUUGAUUAUUUAUGUUUUUCGCUUAUACAUUGUCCCCAUGUUUUGUGAAGGUGAAAUCUGAAAAUAUGGAUUGUACCAUGUUCAUUUUGUCCUUCAGAUUUUGGAGUUAGUUUUUAAAAUUUCCAGUGAAUCAAAUAUACAAUGUGUGUCGUAUUUCAUCUUUAGAUUUCAUAAGACUUGGGACUAACAUAAUACAUAUACCGUCUCUCGCUCA